AGCGGGGGGACGUUAAUAACUGACGGUUCCUUCAGGCGGCGGAAGUUUGUGUUGUGUUGUGGAAGUCGGAUGUGCUUCAAACUAAAAACCUGCCCCGUACAGGUGUUAUAUUUUAAACUCAGCGGUUAAAUGCGGAGUGUAACGUUAUUUAUCAGUGCGCAGUAAAUUAGAGGUAAAAUGUCGAACCUUAAAGAGUCCAUGGAGAAACUGACCCGGGUCUAUGAGCGCUACACCGAGUAUGUGAAGAGAAAUCCAGCCGCCACAGCUCAGCUGGAGAGCACCGUGAGGACCCUGUCUUACCUGAUCGCAGGGCGAUUUGCAGAUUCCCAUGAAAUAUCUGAACUAGUGUACUCUGCCUCCAACCUCCUGGUGCUGUUUAACGACAGCAUUCUGCGCAAAGGGCUGAGAUGUGCCUUCCCUGUGUCUCUGUCUCAGCAGAGACUCCUCACCUGGCUCUCCGUGUUGGAGUACAUGGAAGUCUUCCUGGAGAUGGGAGCCUGUAAGCUGUGGGGAGACGUCGGCCGCUGGCUGGUGAUCGGACUCAUUCAGAUUUUUAAGUCAGUUUUUCGCCUUGUGCUUCUUCUGUGGUACAAAUCUGGCAUCCAGACUUCGCCUCCCAUAAUCCCCCUCGACAGAGGAGCAGAAUUUGCCAGUGAAGAUGAUGGGAACAGGGAGCAGUCAGGUGACACCUGCUUCGUGGGUCAGAGGUCAGGACGUGUCAUCAGACCACUAGGCAGCGCUCCCUCCCUGCAGGCGCGGCUGUGGGGAGCACCGAGUCAGACGAAGAGGAGGAGCAGCUUAAAUGAAGAGAAGCUCCACAACAAACCGACUCAGCUGGGGCUCCAGGAGACGCUCGCCGAGUCUGUGUACAUCGGACGGCCUCUUGUACACCGUAUCCUUCCCUCAGUGUCACCCCAGUCCACAGUUACAUCAUUGAACACUGAACUAAAGGACACACACACACACACACACACACACACACACAGAACACACCUCUGCUGACAGCUGCACAGUCCUUUAAAUGAGGCUUUAUAAUGAGACUCUGCAGAACUUUAAUUUAUAACCUUUGCAAGAAGUUUUUGUGGUCCUUGUUUUAUUUAGAGGUGCUGCAGAAACAAAGUUAAUUGUUGUUAUUAAUAAAAUGAGUGUGGAGAGUUACAGUGACGUCUGCUGCAGCACCACAGUGUGAACUGAGGGACACCACCUGUCAACCCGUCCUGCAUUAUGAGUUUUGACCACUAGAUGGCGAAGUAGGCGAGGCAGCUUAUUUGCGUUGCACAUUUCACACAGCGGGGGACACUCAGAGGGAUCUACAGAGCAGUGACAUAUGAAACAUAAUAAAGGAUUCAGAUUUACAAUGAGAGAGCAAAGAGAUAAGAUAUAGAAGGUAAAACUGAUUAUUAAAUUAUUUACAAUCAUUUGAAAUGAUUCAAAAUGGAGUUUAAGAGCUAAGGUUGAAGUCAGUACAGGGUGGACGAGGAUUUGAUGUGGCUGUGGGAAUUUAAAUCUGAGUUCAGGAAGGUGU